GCUGUUUACGCAUGCGCUCGGUCAGCGGAUCGGAGCCGAGCGGUGGGAUCGUUGCCUAGUUCCCCCCGCUCGGCCAACUAGCGAGAUUAUCCUUCCCCUCCCCCGCCCAGCAGCGGCGCGCGGAGCCCCCCCUCGAUGGCGGAGGAAGGGAAAGGGGGGUACAGCGAACAUGAUGACCGUGUGGGCGGUGCAGGUGGUGGUGGGGGCUUCGCUGGGAGGAGGAGGAAAGGUCGGGGUCCGUUCCGAGGCAAGAUGUACAGUGAGGGGAACCACCGCUCGUGGAACCGGGGUGUAGCAGGUCCCAGCCCUUCUGGUCAGCUGGAGGAGGGCGACGGAGAUGUUCCCAUGAGCGACGCCCAUGAUAGUCUUCGAACCAGAUACACUCCCUAUGGGUCACGGCUGAACAGGCGAGGCGAUGACUGGCAUAACCGGGGCCGGGGAGGUGCCACCAACAUCCAUGUCACAGUGAAACGAGACCUCACCCCCCAGGACCGGAGUAGCAGUGCCAGCCGCAACAGCAGCCGGAGGAGGUGGUACAAGGUCACAAUUCCCUAUGGAAAGAAGUAUGACAAGUCAUGGCUUCUGAGCUCCCUCCAGAACUUGUCCAGUGUCCCUUUUACUCCAGUGGAGUUCCACUACGACCAAAGCCGGGCCUACUUCUAUAUUGAGGAUAUGACGACAGCCAAUGCGCUCAAGCAGCUGUCCCGCAAGAUCACAGAUCGAGACAAUUACAAGGUGGUGCUAAUUGUCAACCACUCAUCUCCACCCCAGUCUGUCCAGAAGGAGCUGAAGCCGGAGGAGAUUGAGCAACUGAAGCUCACCAUGAGUAAGAGAUAUGAUGGGUCCCAGCAGGCCCUGGACUUGAAGAACCUUCGCACGGACCCAGACCUGGUGGCACAGAACAUUGAUGUGGUGCUGAACCGGCGGAACUGCAUGCAGGCCGUGCUGCAGAUCAUUGAAGAGAACAUCCCGGAGCUGCUCUCACUGAAUCUCAGCAGCAACAAGCUGUACCAGCUGGAUGACCUGACGGAGCUGGCCCAGAAAGCCACCAAUCUCAAGAUCCUCAAUCUGACCCGCAACGAGCUGAAGUCUGAGUGCGAGCUGGAUAAGGUGAAGGGGCUCAAGCUGGAGGAGUUGUGGUUGGAUGGAAACCCUCUGUGCAACAAUUUCCGGGACCAGUCCAGCUAUGUCAGCUCCAUCCGACUGCGGUUCCCGAAGCUUCUGCGCCUGGACGGCCAUGAGCUCCCCCCUCCUAUUGUCUUUGACGUGGAAGCGCCCACCACCCUCCCCCCCUGCAAGGGCAGCUACUUCGGCUCGGAUGACCUGAAGGUGCUGGUGCUGCGCUUCCUGCAGCAGUAUUACUCUGUAUAUGAUUCUGGCGACAGGCAGGGGCUGCUGGAUGCCUACCACGAUGGGGCCUGCUGUUCCCUCAGCAUCCCUUUCCUUUCCCAGAACCCCUCCAGGAGCAUCCUGAGUGAAUACUUCAAGGGCAGCAGGAAUGUGAAGAAACUCAAGGACCCUACCCUGCGCUUCAAAUUGCUCAAGCAUACGAGGCUGAACGUGGUGGCCUUCCUCAACGAGCUGCCCAAGACUCAGCAUGACGUUAACUCCUUUGUGGUGGAUGUUUGUGCACAGACGAACACCCUGCUGUGCUUUGCUGUCCAUGGGGUCUUCAAGGAAGUGGAUGGCAAGUCCCGGGAUAUGGUGAGAGGCUUUACCCGCAUGUUCAUUGCUGUGCCAGCUGGCAUCACAGGGUUGUGCAUCGUGAACGACCAGCUGUUUGUGCGCAAAGCGAACACAGAGGAGAUCCGCAAGGCCUUCGUGAUGCCAGCACCCACGCCCUCAUCCAGCCCUGUGCCCACGCUGUCGGCCGAGCAGCAGGAAAUGCUACAGGCCUUCGCCAUGCAGUCUGGCAUGAACGUCGAGUGGUCCCAAAAGUGCCUCCAGGACAACGACUGGGACUACAGCCAGGCAGCCCAGGUUUUCACCCAGCUCAAGACGGAGGGGAAGAUCCCAGAUGUGGCAUUUCUCAAGUGAGCAGUUACCCUGCAGUUCCCCCACCACUGAUGUUUUAUUUUCCAUGACAGUUUUUGUAAAUAAAUGAAAGUUUAAAAUAACAAAGGUGGGGGCUUGUCGCUGGGAGCAACCAGGGGGCCUGAACUCUGAAGGGGGAGCCCCUGCAGCAGACCAAUGGAGCUGGGGGUGAUACAGAGGGUCCUGGCCAUGCUGCCCUGCCUCCAGCCCCAGCCAUUUCUAGCAGCAGUGGAAGCAAGACUGAGAAGCAGUUGUUGCUGGGGCACCCAGAAGCUUCGAGGACAGAGCCAGAAUCCUUCCCCUCAGGCUUUUGGCCUGGAGGGGGAAAAUGACUUUUUUUGGUAUGUUUUAAAACAAGCAGUCCUGAGUGGCUUCAGUGAGCUGGGCUAGGUGUACCGCUCACAGCCCCUACCCUUUCCUAGCA